AGUUGGUUUUCAGUUUACAUUUGACUUAUUUUGAGUUAACUUGUGUUAUAUAUUUUUGACCAAAAAAAUGUGAUUGGAUACAAAACAAGAAUGAAAUUAUCAACUUUAAAGUGCAACUGUGAACCAUUUUGGAUUAUAUCUUUAUUAUUGUUAUUUAUUGGCCAAAGGAGUUCAGUUGUUUCACAGAAACCAACUUUAUCUCUUCGACCUCCAAUUGAACGUGUUCACAUUGAAUAUAAAACAACUUAUGCUUGUGAUGGUUAUGUGCUCAAUCUUGGCUGUCCAAAGGGCCAAUCAAUUCAUCUAGUUAGAGCCAAUUAUGGACGUUUCAGUUUAGCCAUUUGUAAUGAUGGAGGUAAAUUGGAUCUUAGAGUCAACUGUAUGUCUUUUAGAUCUUACCUUACAAUGCAAGACAGAUGCUCUAAUAAAUCAAAUUGCAAUGUAACUGUUUCAAGUGACUUGUUUGGUGAUCCUUGUCCAGGAACACCUAAAUAUCUAGAAGUUCAAUAUCACUGUGUCGCAAUGGGUUCAUCUUCAACAACCCGACGACCACCCACUGACAUUGCCUUACCUGUUGAUUCUCGGAUAAAUCGACCGUCCAAACCAAUUGAUCGGGAGAUUGGCUCAUCAUCUCAAUCUUCACCCUCAUCUUCAUCAACUUCAACCUCCUCCUUUUUACCAUCAUCUCCAUCUUUAACAUCAAAUGACAAAAGUGAUGGUAUAACUGAUACCUUUCAACAUCAACACCAUCAUCAGAAUAAAAAUAAAGAAAAUAGUUUUAUUAAUAACAAUAGUAAUUUUAAUAGCAAUCCAAAUAGUAAUGAUAGUAAAAAAGGUCAAUCUUCUUCAUCUUCUUCUCCUUCACCAGCAGAUGAUUCUAGAUUAUCAUCAAGACCAACUCAUGUUCGUCAUGGUCAUGGUCAUAAUAGCCGAUCAAAUUUACCUUCAGGUCAUAGUCAUUCAACAAUUGAUCCAUCAACAGCCAAUCCUCUAUCAUCAUCUGGUUCAGAAGGAGACAGUCAACUGAAUCCUAAAAUUAAUAAUUCAUCUUCUGUCCAGUCAUCAUCAUCAUCAUCUUCAACCUUCCCCUUCAAUCAUGUCUUAACUAAACCACAUUCAAGAUUCAACCUGCCCUCUCCAUCUGAAGAUGCACCAAGUAACCUGGAUUCAAUUGCUAAUCCAUUUGGAUCUCGAUCACCUUCUUCAUCUUCUUCUUCCUCUGAAUCUUCACCUUUAUAUCAUUCUCCGUCAAAUGUGGCUUCACCUUCAUCUGCAGUCCUUUACGCUCCUAGACAGUCCAUUGAAGUUGGUGGACGCUUUUGUCCUCCAACCUUUCGACGAAGUUUAAAUUGGAAUUAUACUUCUCUUGGAGACACUUUUAUUCAAAACUGUCCCGGUGGAGCUGCUGGCCUGGCACGUUGGCAUUGCUCUGAAGUUACGGGAACUUGGGUUGUUGGUGGACCCGACAUGUUGGAGUGUCGCUCUUAUUGGCUCGACAGUUUAUGGGACAAACUUGAGCGAGGCUCCCUGUCGGUUGACAUAUCAACCAACCUGGCCAACAUGACCAUUGGUAAACCCAUUUUCAGUCGUGACUUGGAAACCAUAUCUAACCUAAUCCGUCAAAUUAUACUGCAUGCUCGAGAAACCAAGGGAUGGGAAAUACCUCGAUGGCAGCCCAAUGCAUUUCUCGAGGAAUUACUUACUUCACUUGUUUAUUCAGUUUCAAAUCUUUUGAGUCCAGCUCAAGAUGAGGCUUGGUUAGAUUUGGCUCCAGAGAAACGUAAACGAAUUGCCUUCAAUUUGCUUGAUGAACUUGAAAAAAGUGCCCUUCUUUUGGCUGAAAACACCAACCGUGAUGGCUAUUUCACGGUCAAACGUCCUAAUGUUUUGGUCGCUGUUCAUGUUUUGGAAACUAAUGUGCCAAUUAACUUACAAUUUCCAACCAUUGAAGAUACCUUUGAUACUGAAUGGAUUCGAAUGGAAGAUUCACUAUUUCUUCCAGCUCAAUCACUAUUACAAUACUCCCAUCAAGGGUUUGCUAAAGCAUCAUUCAUUGCUUAUAAUCGAGUUGAAGAUCUUCUUAAACCUGGUUCUUCAUCUUUACCUUCCUCUUCGCUGGAUGUUAAUUCAAGAUUGUCCAAACUUCAAAGUUAUUCAACUAGCCAAUCAUCAAUAAUUAAUUCACGGAUUAUUGGAGCAUCCAUUGUUCAUCCUAGCACAUCAUCUAGCACCAGUUCAUCAUCAACCUCAUCAUUACCCUCUCAACCUUCAUAUGAAACCUCUUUAAGCACACCAUUGACUCAACCAAUAAUUAUCGUCUUCCGUCAUCUUCAAGAAGAUAAUGUAUCUUCACCCAAAUGUGUUUACUGGUCCCGUGAGUUGUCCGAUUGGUUAACCGAGGGUUGCUCCGUGGCGGCCACCAAUAAUACCCACACUGUUUGCCAAUGUAACCAUUUGAGUUCCUUUGCACUUUUAAUGGAAAACCGUUUAUCAUCUUUAUCUUCAUCCACUUCAUCAUACAAUUUUGACGGUGAAACCUCAACCAAUUGGUUACGCUUGGUCAUUAACAUCCCCCUGAGCGUGUGA